AUGAUUUCAGCACUCUCCUCCCAACUGCCAAAGUCUGUGAUGAAGACUUGCAAGCAUGCAAAGUCAUCUCAUGUUGUGAAGUCCAAGCCCCUUGUGGAGUUGGAAGAUGAUGAAGACACAACUAUUCAGCCAUUUUUGGCUGGAGUGCCAGAUGUUGUCCUUCCCUGGCUCUCCAAUUCACCUCAAUCACCCCGGGUUCCAACCAAAAAACCCUUUGGCCCUGCUACAGUGAUUGCCGGCAGUCACCCAGUAGUCAUUGAGCCCUCCCAGCCAACUCCUGGAACCCCAGUACAGGCACCCCCAGUCAUCGAUGUAGGUGGUAUUCUCAUUCCUGAACUGUGUGUCCAUACACUAACACAACCCACAGAACAACCCAUGCUAGGUUUGUACCAAGCUAAACUGGCCCUGCAUAACUUGGUUGGACAAGAGGACCAGGAAUAUGUAUAUGUCAUCCGUCUGCUACACAACAAAGAAGAUCAAGUGCAUUCCCACAACUCUGGGUACCCUGCCAAAAUGACACCCUCCAAGGCUCCUUCCAAAGCUCCCCCCAUCUCCCAAUCCAAGGCCCAAACUCACACACUUCUGUCUUUGAGUUUGGCAGUCCCUGCUGCAGCACUUGACCUACCCAUGCUGGAUCUCCAUGCCAUGGCAAUUGCAAUCCAGGAUGGUACAGCUCACAUUGCUAUUCACAAGGCUCAUAUGGCAGAGCAGGAUAGGCCUCCUGUUUACAACCAGGUUGUUCAUCCAGAGGUUCCAGAUACAUCUAGUGAAAUUGUGGACCUGGGUGAUCCAAGCAACCUUAUCCCAGAAUACAAUUCUUCCAAUGACAUGGAUGUUGAGGUGGAUGUUGAGGUGAAGGUUGAAGUGUCUUCUGAGGAGGUUGGCAUGGUUAUAUAA